AUGCGAGAAGAAGGCUCUAUUGUGAUUGACUAUGAAACAAUCGCUACUAAGCAAAAGAUUCAACAAUUCUUUGGAAAGCUACCCAAGUUUUUCAAAAAUUACUUUGCAAGUAUAUUUCCAAUUCUUCAGUGGAUCCAUAGAUACAAUCUCAGUUGGCUCGUACAAGAUGUCAUUGCUGGUGUAACAGUUGGGAUAGUGAUUGUACCUCAAAGCAUGGCUUACGCCAAAAUUGCUAAUUUGGAUCCUCAAUAUGGUUUAUAUACUUCUUUUGUCGGUGUUACUCUUUACUGUUUCUUUGGUACAUCCAAAGACAUAAGUAUCGGUCCUAUAUCUACGGUAUCGUUGCUUGUAAGUACCGUUGUUAAUUCCGUUAUCAAAGUCAAUCCUACAAUCACACCCUCUGAAGUUGCAGUUACUCUCGGUCUUUUUGCUGGAAUAAUUAGCAUUAUCAUUAGUCUGUUAAGACUAGGUAUGUUAGUAGAUUUUAUACCAGAGCCCGCCAUUGCCGGAUAUAUGACAGGGUCUGCUAUCACAAUUGUUCUCAGUCAAUGGCCUAAACUUUUCGGACUCCCUGAUGUAACCACACAUGCUCCACCUUACCUUAUAUUCGGGAAUAUUCUUAAAAAAUUACCACAAACUCAUCUUGAUGUUGCCUUUGGCUUAUCCUCGCUUGUUUUUCUGUACGGCGUAAAGUUUAUUUGUGCUCGGUUUACAUGCCGCUCACCUGUCUUACAAAAAUCAGUUUUCUUAUUCGGUAUCAUGCGAAACGGCCUUAUUGUUAUUUUAGGUACAUUCAUUUCAUUCUUGAUCAACAUGGGAAAGGAAGUAAGUCCUAUUUCGGUCAUCCAAUCUGUACCUCCAGGUUUUGAUCACAUGGCCGUUCCUCGUCUUCAUUUUGACAUUCUUCAAGAAGCUGGCGGUGUGCUUCCUUCCAUUGUGAUUAUUCUAAUUCUGGAACAUAUCACGGUCGCAAAGUCCUUUGGAAGGAUUUAUGAUUAUCAAAUUGAUGCAGAUCAAGAGAUUUUAGCUAUCGGUGUAACAAAUGUCGUGGGUGCAUUCUUUGGAGGUUAUCCGGCUACAGGUGCCUUCAGUCGUACAGCUAUUAUGGCAAGAUCCGGUUCAAGAACACCAAUUGCUGGUGUCUUUUCCGGUGCGGUGGUUGUCCUAGCCUUAUAUGCUCUCACACCUGCCUUUUAUUAUAUACCUGAUGCAGUCCUUGCCGCUGUAGUUAUCCAUGCAGUAUCUGACUUGGUAUCUGGAAGUAAAUACUUGAAAGAGUUAUGGCGCGCGAGUACGGCCGAGUUUAUUGUCUGGGUUUCUGCAGUUGUUGUCACUAUUUUUGUCGAUGUUCAAAUGGGUAUCUAUGCUGCUGUAGGUCUUUCUAUGCUUAUAAUGCUCUACAGAUUUGCUCGGCCUCCCAUCCAAAGUUUAGCUAGAAUCUCCCUUGAUAAAAAUGCCGAUGAAACAACCAAACAAAUGUUUUUGGAUAAAUUAGGCAACAAAACCACUACCGACGCUGCCACAGAUACAAACAAACAUUAUUUGUAUGUAGAUGAAGUCGACCCUAAUUUCCAAAAUUAUAUUACUGAGUUACCGUCAGGCUUAGUGGUAUUGCGUCUUUGUGAUUCCAUACUUUAUCCGAACGCCGAGCAUAUAUCAGAAGCAAUUACGCAUCUCAUCAAACAAAAAACGCGAUGUGGUAACAUAGAAUAUAUGAACAAAAGUGACAGUGAAAAAUCGUGGAGCCAAAGUCCCCAUACCGAAAAUUUCAAUGCUAUCAAACUUCCGGUUCUAGAAGCAAUUGUUCUAGAUUUUGCAGCUGUGUGCAGAGUAGACUCAACUGCUUUACAAAACUUAAUUACUGUAAGAGAAACUUUGGAUCGAUAUGCUGGUUGUUCGGUCGAAUGGCAUUUCACGGGACUUCAAGGUCAAAGUGUCCGUGGUUCCUUACUAAAUGCAGGUUUCGGGUCGUAUGAACAAAGUGAUAGAUGUGGUAUGUCUUCGUCUUUGAGUUCUGGUAACAAUUCAUUAGUCUCUCUGGCCUCUGCUGGUAAUCAUCACCCUCCUACAAACGAUAAGUUUCCGCUUAAGCAUAUGGUGGUUAACAAUAAGUCUGGGCUCGAAUCCACCGGCAACUUCAUUUACGAUUUGGAAACAUCCGGAACUGCUAAUACUACAGAUAUGGAUAAUACCAUUCCCACAGAUGUUCAUGCAGAUUGCCGUAGUCUAAGACCUAAUUACUACACUCCCACUGAUCGAUAUCCAUGCUUCCAUUGGGAUGUUGACUCGGCUGUGCGAUCGAUUUGCACCAGAUGGUACAAUGAGACUUUAAGUUCUCCUUCAGAAGAAAAGACAGAUGUUAAUGGUGUUGUUGUGACCACAGCCGAAUUAUAGAUUUCAGCUGAACACCUUUUUCUCCUUUUUAUUAUAUUUCCUUUAUUUA